AUGCGGCGGCUGGGCCGGUUGUCAUGGAGUUUUGUCGACGGUUUUCGGCAGAUCGGGGAUACCAGAGCUUAUGGAUCUCCGAAGAACAACGCGAGCGUAGCUUCUCGAAAGUGGAUCCGCUCAGAUUUGGAUCGCGAUAACACAUAUUUUGGAUGGGGUCAAGGGAAAGAUUCUGGGGAUAACAGAGAUACCAAUCUCCUUUCGAUCACUCAAUCUAAUGAAUAUGCAAUGCAAAUCACCACUCUGGAGUGUGGAUCUCCUUUCCUAAGAUGGAUCCACAGAGAAGAUCGGAGAGCAAUCCGACCCUGUCAAUCUAAGAGAGUAAAUCGUGGUAUUGAUUGGCCCUCAAUUACUGGAAUGAAUCAAAUCAUGCUAGGUUUGGGAGAGAUCACAGGGCUGAGGCCAAGGCUUUAUAAUAUGUUAUAG